AUGGCCGACGGUUUGCAAAUGGGAAACCUUUCCCUCAACGAGUCUCAGCACGCCCCCCAGGGUAACGCCCCUGUUGGCCGUGCCGCAUACAUUCCUCCUCACCUUCGCCAGCGCGGCCCCGGCCCCGCCCCCAGUGGUGAUGCCGAUGCUGCUCCCUCCGGACCUGGCUUCGGUGGUCCUCGGUAUGACCCCAAAAACACUGGAUCUCGCAUCAAGCACCAACUGACCUCACCUUGUUCGUUUAGUGGUGGCAACUGGGCUAACGCUAACGCUCCCAACUUCAGCCCUCGUGGCCCCGCAACCGGUAUGACCAGCUGGACUCCCGACGGACAACUCCGACCCUUCAAUCCCAAAGCUUACGGAUACCCAGGAUCUUCUCACAGCGGUGGUUACAGUGGUGGUGGCUCUCAGCAAGCUCGUGGCUCAGGUGAUGGCCAGUGGCGUGACGGCAAGCACAUUCCCGGACCCGCCAAUGCUCGCGUUGAGCGCGAACUCUUUGGUGUUCCCAACGAUCCUUCCAAGCAACAGACUGGAAUCAACUUCGGCAACUACGAUGACAUUCCCGUUGAAGCCUCCGGAAAUGACGUCCCCGAGCCCGUUACCCAAUUCACCAACCCCCCUCUGGAUGACCACCUGAUUGCCAACAUCAAGCUCGCCAGCUAUAUCAUUCCUACUCCUGUCCAGAAGUACUCGGUUCCCAUUGUGAUGAACGGCCGUGAUCUUAUGGCUUGUGCCCAGACCGGUUCCGGAAAGACUGGUGGUUUCCUCUUCCCUAUUCUUUCUCAGGCCUUCCAGAACGGUCCCUCGGCCGCCCCUGCCCAGGGUGGUGCCGGUGGUGGUCAGUUCUACGGCCGCCAACGCAAGGCUUACCCCACUUCCCUCAUCCUUGCUCCCACGCGUGAGUUGGUCUCGCAGAUUUUCGACGAGGCCCGCAAGUUCGCUUACCGCUCAUGGGUCCGCCCUUGUGUCGUGUACGGUGGUGCCGACAUUGGCUCCCAGCUUCGCCAAAUCGAGCGCGGCUGUGAUCUUCUCGUUGCCACCCCUGGUCGUCUUGUGGAUCUGAUUGAGCGUGGCCGUAUUUCCCUGGCUAACAUCAAGUACCUCGUUCUCGACGAGGCUGAUCGCAUGCUGGACAUGGGUUUCGAGCCCCAAAUUCGUCGCAUUGUCGAGGGUGAGGAUAUGCCCACUGUCGAUAACCGUCAAACCCUCAUGUUCUCCGCCACCUUCCCCCGCGACAUUCAGAUGCUUGCACGUGACUUCCUCAAGGACUACAUCUUCUUGUCCGUUGGCCGUGUCGGAAGUACUUCGGAGAACAUCACUCAAAGAGUUGAAUAUGUCGAAGAUGCUGACAAGCGCUCCGUUCUGCUCGAUAUUCUCCACACCCAUGGCAGCACCGGUCUUACUCUGAUUUUCGUUGAGACCAAGCGUAUGGCCGAUUCGCUCUCCGACUUCCUCAUCAACCAGCGUUUCCCUGCUACUGCUAUUCACGGUGAUCGCACUCAGCGUGAGCGUGAGCGUGCUCUGGAGCUUUUCCGUAACGGCCGCUGCCCCAUCCUGGUUGCCACUGCCGUUGCUGCCCGUGGUCUUGAUAUCCCUAACGUCACUCACGUCAUCAACUACGAUCUCCCCACUGACAUUGAUGACUACGUCCACCGCAUUGGUCGUACCGGUCGUGCCGGUAACACCGGUAUCGCCACUGCUUUCUUCAACCGCGGCAACCGCGGUGUCGUUCGCGACUUGCUUGAGCUCCUGAAGGAGGCCCACCAGGACGUUCCCUCUUUCCUGGAGAGCAUUGCCCGCGAAGGUAGCGGAUUUGGUGGUGGUGGCCGUGGCCGUGGUGGUGGUGGUCGUGGUCGUGGCGCUGCUGCCACCCGUGAUGUUCGUCGCACCCCUGGUGGCAUGGGCAUGGGCGGUGGUUUCGGCGGCUCUGGCUACGGUGGCGCUGCUGCUCCCUCUUACGGUGGCGGCUAUGGUGGUGCUGCUGCUGCUCCCUCCUACGGCGGUGGUGGCGGUUACGGCAACCCCUCCGGUGCCUCCGGUCCCUCUUCUUGGUGGUAA